UGCGGGAGAAAAGCUAAGUUUUCGAAUCGUUCGCUUGAUAAAGUGCCCCAAUUUGGCAUUCAAGACGAAAAAAUACUAAACAAUCUAUCGUUUCAAUCGCAGAGAAUGUCCGUCACACAGCGAGUGCAGCAAUGGGCAACUUUUGCCAGAACAUGGCAUUUAUUUGAUUGCACCUGGCAAAACCCUUUUGAGGCAGCAUCGCUGAUACGAAAACACCUAAUGGGUUUGCAUAAACCCAUAUACCAUCCGAUGAAUGAUUGUGGUGAUCACGUAGUCGUAAUCAAUACCGCCGAAAUUGCACUGCCAGGCGAUGAAUGGAAAAAGCGGGCUUAUUUUCAUCAUACGGGAUAUGCGGGAGGAGCAAGCUGGACGCUUGCAUGGCAGCUGCACGAGAAAGAUCCAACGAUGAUCAUGAAAAAAGCCGUUUACCGCGCGAUGAAGGGUAACCUGCAAAGACGCCAUACGAUGCAGAGGCUUCAUCUGUUUAAGAGCGACGACGUUCCCAAAGAAAUUUUAGAAAAUGUAACCAACCAAAUACGGCAACCUCGCCGUGUCCCUGAGCGCUUGGAUCUUAUGGACCAGGAAACUGUCCGCAACUUCCCCAAAAUAAUGGACUACCCGAAGGACUACAUUCUUCGAUGAGUGCUUUUCAUUCAGUCAUUCG